AUGGUUUUGCAAUGUGAGCAUUUUUUUGGUGUAUAUUUGUUAUAUUGUACGAAUCCUAAAUACAAAGGAAGAACAUACAUAGGAUAUACAGUUGAUCCUUGUCGUAGACUUAAACAACAUAAUGGUGGUAAAGAUGCCGGAGGAGCUUGGAAAACAAGCAAUAGAGGACCAUGGAAUAUGGUAUUGAUUGUACAUGGUUUUCCAAAUAGUACAUCUGCACUCAGGUUUGAGUGGGCUUGGCAGCAUCCUCAUAUUAGUCGACGUCUUAAGCAUGUGCCUAAAAAAAAGUCACAACAGAAAGUGUUUGAGUACUGCUUACAAAUUCUAACAGAAAUGUUGAAAGUUGGACCUUGGUGUCGAUUACCUUUGACAAUACGUUGGUUGGAUUAUGAAUUUUUUAAAGAAUAUUCUAGUUGUAUUUCAGCUCCAAUGCAUAUGCCUAUGUGCUGUGGAAAAGUGAUUUCUCAAAAAAUCAAAAAGUCACAAAAUGGAGCCCUUAAUGGAAUGGAAGCUUCAAGUGAGUCCAGUAUAAUAUGUUCUGUAUGUGGUCUAUUAGUGCAAUACAGAGAGCUAGUUCAAUGUAUAAAACCUAGUUGUUUGUUAGAAGCUCAUUUAAUUUGUUUAGCAGAUAUAUUUUGCAAAAAUGAUUCGAUUGUACCAGUUGAAGGUAUCUGUCCAGCUUGUAAUUCUAAUAUUUUGUGGGGUGAUUUGAUUAGGAAAAAAAUUGGUUGUUAUGGAAAUUUACAAGAGGCUUCUUCGAGUGAUGAUGAUUAUAUGUAAAUUCAACGAAGUAACAAUGUAAAUCUUAUAU